UAAGUUUCAGUGGAGGGAGUGGAGAAGAACAUGUCUGGUUGUCUCUGGGCACUUUCUAAAAGUUUCCAUUUUAAGUCGAGGUAAAAUUUAUAUAUGGCGAUGGGGUGCGGAACAAUCCGGUAUUUAUAUGCCCUGUGUUAUGAUCCCGUCAAGGGCCCCGCCGCCGCCAUGUCCGGCCCGUUCGAGCUCUCCGUGCAAGAUCUCAACGACCUGCUCUCGGACGGAAGCGGCUGCUACAGCCUCCCGAGCCAGCCCUGCAACGAGGUCGUCCCAAGGGUCUACGUGGGCAACGCGUCUGUGGCUCAGGACAUCACCCAGCUGCAGAAACUGGGCAUCACCCACGUCCUGAAUGCCGCCGAGGGCAGGUCCUUCAUGCACGUCAACACCAGUGCCAGCUUCUACGAGGACUCCGGCAUCACCUACUUGGGCAUCAAGGCCAAUGACACGCAGGAGUUCAACCUCAGUGCUUACUUUGAAAGUGCCGCAGACUUCAUUGACCAGGCCCUGGCCCAUAACAAUGGCCGGGUGCUUGUCCAUUGCCGCGAGGGCUAUAGCCGCUCCCCAACUCUAGUCAUCGCCUACCUCAUGAUGCGGCAGAAGAUGGACGUCAAGUCUGCUCUGAGUACCGUGAGGCAGAAUCGUGAGAUCGGCCCCAACGACGGUUUCCUGGCCCAACUCUGCCAGCUCAAUGACAGACUAGCCAAGGAGGGCAAGGUGAAACUCUAGGGCGCCCACAGCCUCUUUUGCAGAGGUCUGCCUGGGAGGGCUCUGGCUGCCAUGCUUAGGAAACACAGUGUACCCCGCUCCCUGCACCACCAGGCACGUGCCCAUGUCUGUCCUACUGUGGUCCAAGGGCCACUCCCCCCUCAGGGAGCACAUGAAGAAGCUUGCUGAGGGAGCCAUUUUGCUCCUUGGCUGUCCUUUCCUGUAAUUUGCGUCUCUCCCUGAGCUGGGGCUCGGGGAAGAAACUUGUGGCAUAGAUAUAUUUCAGUGACCCAGGGUGGGAGGCCUGUGAGGGUGCAUGGCCCAGGACAGAGGCACUUUUCAUGAUCCCCUCUUCAACCUGGGUUCUUCUGAGUGACCCAGAACCAUGAACCUGGUAAAGGAACUAUGCAAAUACAGGCCCUGAUUUCCCCAUGUUCGUAGCUGGUCCUCACAGCCCUACACACCCUGCUGAGGCAGAUGUAUGGUAUGAGCCCUGAAGCAGAGUGGAGACAGAUUAGAUGAGUGGAUUUCCAAAAGAGAAAAAAAGCAAAGGCUGCAUUUUAAUUAUUUCCUUAGAAUUAAAGAUGCUACAUAGGGGCCCUUGCGUAAGCAAAUCCGUUUUUCCCAGAGGGCUAUCUUGAUUCUUUGGAAUGUUUAAAGUGUGCCUUGUCAGAGAGCCUACUCUCCAUAUCUGCUGCUUCAGAGCCUUCCCUGAGGAUGGCUCUUCCUUUGCUUGUUAGAAGAGUGAUGCCUUGGGCAGGGUUUUCUCUCUUUUUAAUACAGGGUGUGAGGUCCAGCCUAUUAAAAGCAAGCAAGCAAACAAACAAACAAAAAACUUCCGUUUGAAGAGUUGCAAGGGUUUUAUCCUGAAUUAUAGUGUUGGUGGGUUCAAGUCAUCACGCCAAGUGCUUGUCAUCCUGGUUUCUAUUCCAAGAAUAAUUAGGAGGAGGAAGUUGGCCAAUUGUGUGCACGGGUGCGUAUGUUGGGAGGGGCCUGUCCCCUUGGGGACAAAAGGAAAAUGAAAGGCCUCUCUGCUCACUUACCCUGCCCAUUUAUGGGAGGCUCUGCUGGUUCCGCAGUGUCUGUGCAGGAUCCCUGGAACUGACUCGAUGGACAGAAAUGACACUUGAUAGCAUCAUCAAAAUGGAUUCCCCUUUUAUUGGAGAGAGAACAAAGAAAGAAACAGCCUUUUAAAGCACUUUCUAGGGACGGUUUUUGAAACGCAAUGGACCUCAUGUGUGUACACAUUUGCCAGAGAUUGAACACAAUCUUCUUGGGACUUCAUGUUCUCGUUAUUUGUAUGUCUUCAGGGUCAGACAGAGCAGGGGGGUGGCUAUCAGCCACCUCCCCAGCACCUGGCACACAUAGGUGUCUCAUAAAAGCCUGCUUUAUGAGAA